CCUUUUUGUGUGAAAGAGAAAUCAUAGGACUCACAUGCUUUGGAGGAGAGAGAGUGAGUGAUCACAGCAGAGGACAGGGUUGUUCAGAGUAGCAGACCAAAGUCAUCUUGAGCUGGAUACGGACUUCAGAACCGGACCGCUGUGAGAUAUACUCGACCAGACUGGACCGGAUACCUAAACAUGGAGAAUGGCAGAACAGAAUCAGAAGACACGACAGAAGGUGUUUCAGAAGAUACAGAAGAAUAUGUGGAGGGGGCUACCCUAGAGAUUGCUCAGCUGCAGGGCCUAGUGGCUGAGCUGCGCGAGGGGCUCCACACUGCCCUGACGGAGCUGUGCGAGCUGCGUCAGAUGGACCACGGCCUGGAGGAGAAGCUCCAGGCCCAUCAGACUGACGUGGAUGAUAAGAUAAUGGGCCUCAAGAACUCGCUCAACACUUUCAAGGAGGAGCUGAAUGUGGCGUUGUUCCACAUAAAGGACGUGUCCAGCAGACAGAGGGAGGUGCAGAAGAGGAUAGAACUGAUGCAGUCAGAAAACACCAAAGAUUUCCUCUAUGUUCCACACAGAAAGAGCUCCAAGGCAGAUGUGCUAACAGCAUCGGGGGAUGAACACAUCUGUGUGCCCGGCCAGCCAGAACUCAGUGUUAUUCAACACUUCUUUUCCAGUCUGCCUCAUAGUAGCUCACCACAGAGGAGCACCACAUCGACGCAGACCUCUAGUUCUGAGCAGGAGGCUCAGCAGCUGCAGAGAGGUUGUCGAGGAGAGAGGAAGAACAGCAGAGACGACACAGAGAUGCCCAACAGCCAGACUGAAAACAAUAAGAGGCAGAGAGUGGCUCUGGAGCUGCUGGAGUCAGAGAGAGUUUAUGUGUCCCACCUGUCUCUGUUACUGAAGGCCAACAUCUCCUUCAAUGGAUCCGAAGCUCUCACCUCUAAAGAGAAACGUCCGUUUCCCAGCACUCUGAGGUUUCUGAUCCAGCAGCACCUUGAGCUCCUCCAUACGCUCCAGGAGCGUGUGCUCAAGUGCCAGUGGCAAGGCAUCAUGGGGGAUGUGUUUAUGAGGCUCACCAGCAAAGAGAGUGAUUUCUUGGACUUCUAUGUGUCCUACCUGAAGGAGCUUCCAGACUGUCUGUCGGUCGUCACCAUGCUCGCCUCCAGCUCCAUGAAAUCUUCUGCCUUCCUGGAGAGUGAAAUAAUGGGAGAUGAAUCCAGACCGUCCCUCCACACUCUGCUCCUUCAGCCGGUUCAGAGGAUCCCUGAGUACCUGCUGCUGCUGCAGGGUCUGCUGAUGCAGACGAACGCAGAGCAUCCAGACUACUACCUGCUGCUGGUGAGCAUCCAGCAGUUCAGGUCCUUCACGGCUCAGUACCACCACCUUCUCCAGCACAACCAGGAGCUUCUGCUGCACAACCGCAAGGAGGUGAAGAGGUCUACGAUGAAGCAGCUGUUAAAGACAGUGGAAAGUGGGAUUCAAGCUAACAACAUUGGCUCACCGUACCCUUGCAACAGUGCCAUGUUAGAACACGCCAACCAGGUGAAGCGGAGCAAACAGCGUCUCCUGGAGCAGAUACAGUCUCAUCGUUUCCAGGAUUGGGACCAGGAUGCCGAAACUCAUUGUUACGACACAGAGUGGCCCUCCCAGCUGCCGUUCUUCAGCCCCGACCUGGACUCAAGGAACCACAGACCAUCAGGUCUUGGCAGUAUCCCAGAGAGUGAGGUGUCUGAGAGGCCCAUGCCGUGCCAGCAUCACCUGCCCUCAAGACCUGCAGAAUUCCGCCAGGUUCAACCGGGCUCUGCUCUGGCCGAUGCCCUCGGAGAGUUCCUUCUCCCUCCAGACCCUCCGGGGAUGGAGAGCCUCUAUGACGAGGAGAGGGGCUCCCUUCACGAUGUCUCCAUGUUCGACCGCUGCUCCUCCGCCUCUUCAGAUUCCUCCAUCGACAUCGCCUUUGUGAAGUGCCCCAAAGCGCCCUCAGCGCCACAUCACGCAAUGGCAGCGAAUGUGUCGACACCCCGUGAUAUCUUUGGCAACGGUGGAAGCCGAGGGAACGGUUACAAACUGCUCAACCGAGGAUGCGUAUCUCCGGACGAAGCUGUGAUGAUGCGCCACAAUCAGCAUCGCUCCCUUCAGUCCAGCCAGCGGAAGAGCAAGUCGCUGAACGGCCUGCAGAUGGACAACACAGUGAGUGGUCUGGAUAGCGGUCCUCCAUCAGACCACCUCCAAAGGUUGGGACUAGGCAGCCAUGCCAAGCUGGAGCGCCAGGGCAGUAAAGGCAGCAAAGGAUGUUCCACCCCGUCCCGUAAGGUCCAAAGCCCCCUGGGGAACAGAGUGGAGGUCGACAAACAGAGCGAUGAUCCUCAUGGGUUGCUCAGCAUUGACUCCGGGUUCCAAUCAUGGGGGGACGAGUCAAAGUGGAGAAGCGGGACAGAGGAGAAUAACCACCACACCCCCUUCAGCGAGAGGAGUCGGAAGCAGGACAAAGGAGGCUUCAGGAGCUCGUUCAAGAAACUCUUCAAGAAGAAGAGCGGUGAUGAGAAGAAAGAGAAGGGAGGUGAGAAAACUGCAGAAAACCAAAACAACGGUGAACACGAGACACCGGGGAAAAACACCAAACUGGUACAUGUGGAGAUAAACCGUGGCACAGCUGUAUGAACGCCACUCUAGACUGAAUAUAAAGUGUAAUACAUGCAUGUUUAAGCAUACAUACAAAACAGAAGAGGUUGUUUUACAUUUACAACUGCUAUAUAAUGCUGUACCAUUUAGCUAAGCAUCUCUCAUCAUUUACAAAUAUAAAUGUGAUUUUUAUUUGAAAGAUAAAAUCCUGCCCCAGACCUUCAUACUGAGGGAAAGCACUUCACAUUAUUUUUUUUUCUGUGUUAUUUUGCCCCCAGAAAAAUGACACAGGAGGUUAAAACUUGACUUUUUUUGUCAAUGCAGAUGUGGUUACAGCUGUGACCAGUAGGGGGCGUAGUUUGAUCAUCCCCAUACUGUAAAUAGCUCGGCUCUUCCUCCACUUUCUAAAAGCUUUUCAGACCACAAACUCCUUUCUUUGCCUUGUUUUUUCUGUUUGCACCCCGUCUUUCAAAUCUGUGCAAACCCAACAAGGGAUGCAAUGAUUCCACUUUUUUUUCAGACCGAGUACAAGUACUUACAUUUGUGUACUCGCCGAUACCGAGUACCGAUACGAGUACUUCUCUGUGCCAAAAGACCCUCGUUAACAGCCAGCUGGAGGGUAUGAGCGAUACACGGCAGGCUGGGGAGUCCCGCGUACGAGGCGGUGCGUCGCGACUCGCGACCGGCUCUAGGUCGGCUUGGGAAGCCUCAGGGCGAAGGUGGCUCGCGGCCGCAGUUUUACAGCGCUCCCCGCCUGGACCCAAGCUGUUGCCUAGCAAUGCAAUUCCAUUGAAAUGCACUAAA